AACAUUGCAGAGUUCCUGAGACGUGCAAUACAGCCUGUGAUCCUGAGUCAACGCCAAACUGAAGAAUGUACUGUAACCAAGACUUGGAUUUUUAUAUGAGUAUAUUUAUAGUAACCUUAGGAUUCUUAUUUUUUUUAAGGCAAGGACACAAGCCUGCUCGAUAUGGGAAGUAUAUUCUACAAACAUCUAAACAAACUCAUAUUCUGCUUCCAGCAAAGCUUGGCUGGUUUAUCCAGGAGCUACCUUCAUUCCUAAUUCCGUUUGUGGUCAUAUUGUAUAACCAAGCAUGUGAUACUAUGGGAUGUAAGAUGCUCCUCUUCAUGUUUUGUGGACACUAUUUCCAAAGGACGUUUAUCUAUUCAGCUUUUACAAGAGGAAGACCUAUACCUUUAUUUAUAGUAUUUUGUGCUGUGAUAUUUUGCAGUUACAAUGGUUUCUUACAAAGUCACUGCAUGAUAUAUGUCGCCGAGUACCCUAAAGAUUGGUACAUGGAUAUUCGAUUUCAAUUAGGGGUUGUCAUAUUCGUCCUUGGAAUGGGCAUAAAUAUACAUAGUGACCAUAUUCUGCGCACAUUAAGAAAACAAAUUGAAGAAGUCUCUUACAAGAUUCCAGAAGGGGGAAUGUUUAAUUUUGUAUCUGGCGCCAAUUUCCUGGGUGAAAUUAUGGAAUGGUAUGGUUAUGCCAUAGCAACAUGGUCUCUGCCAGCAUUUGCCUUUGCAAUAUUUACAAUGCUUUGCAUUGGGCCAAGGGCUUAUCAUCAUCACAGGUUUUACCUUCAAACAUUUAAAGACUAUCCCAAACAUCGGAGAGUUCUGAUUCCUUUCAUUUUUUAAUCUUGAUUAUACAUACUGUAUGCGGCAACACAGACAGUUACGCCAUAUCUGAAUUAAAAAAGUGUAUGUGAUUUACAGCUAAAAUGACAACCAAACUAUUAUAUUGUGCGGGGUCCUACCACUAGGAGCCCCUUCCGAUCAUGAACAUGAGGACCCUGUACCCCUCAGGACACCCCAAAAUGACUGGAGUGGCAGGUUGGGCAUGCACACUGGCACUGCCACUGCAUUCAUCCCUGCUGAAGUUCUGGAGACAGCUGAGUACAUCACUCGGCUACUUCUGGGAUUCCCGCUGAAUUGAAUGGCGUGGCAGUGCGCUUGCAUGACCUGCCGCUCUGUUCA